AUGGCGGCGGAGCGCGGCGGGCUGGAGGCGGCGGUGCGCGGCCGCCUGCGCGGGCUGCGGGAGCGCUGGGUGCGGGGCAGCCGGGAGAGGGGUGCGGCGGCCGCCGAGCCGGGCUCCACAGACGGCGCCGAGGAGGCGGCGGAGGAAGUGAGCGCCCUGCAGGCGCUGCCGAUCGACGUGCAGCUGUAUAUCAUGUCCUUCCUCUCUCCCCAAGACCUGUGCCGCUUGGGGUGCACGAGUUGUUACUGGAGGGUGGCUGUGCAGGACCCCCUGCUGUGGAGGAAUUUUCUCCUGCGGGAUCUCCCGAUUUGGACAUCUGUUGAUUGGAAAUCUCUCCCAGCUGCAGAAAUUUUUAAUAAAGCCUUUUCACAAGUCAGCGAUGAAACCCUGUAUGAUUAUAUGGCAGCAUAUAAAAAAAGCUGUCCCCAGACCAGAAGAAGUUUGAAAUCAAGCCGCCCCCGCUAUGGUGCAGUCGCUUCCUUUUUGCAAUCGCUGGUCACUCAGUCAGAACCUCGUUUUGCUAUGUUUGGGCCAGGUUUGGAAGAGCUGGAUGACUCUUUAGUACAAAAGAUGAUGACGUGCCCAGAAAUCCUGCUAGUGGCUGGCUUACCUCAAAGACGAAUUCAUGGAAUUGGAUCAGGAGUCAGUUUUCAGAUGAAUAAUAAUCAAAAAUUCAACAUUGUGACGUUGUACUCAACCACCAGUGUGGAAAGGAAGAGAGCGAGAGAAGAACAAGCUUCUGUUGUGAAUAAGAUGUUCUACCAGGAGAACAGCACUGAAGGGAAUCAACAAGCUGUGCAGUACAAUGUAAUAGCUCAAGUUAAAAGGGUGUGCGAAGUAGUUGAUGGAUUCAUUUAUGUUGCUAACGCAGAAGCUCAUAGAAAGCAUGAUCGUGAGGAGGAACUGGCUCAUAUUUUGGCUAUGAUUGAUCCAGCCCUUGGGCCUCCUAACAGACCUCUGCUAGUUCUGUCUUGUGUCUCUCAUUUUGGUGUGGAAAGGAUUCCUUGUGUUCGUAUGGCACAUCAGCUGCAACUAAAUCUGCUACCUCGACCCUGGAUGGUGCAGGACACUGUAGCUGCAACUUUAAGUGGAUUGCUAAGUGGAAUUGAAUGGCUCUUGGAGGAAGCGGAUUGUAAAAAUAUACAAUAGUUGAACUUAUUUUGUUUUACUGUAUAGAGACUUCUGUGUUUUAAAAUUCACACGAAAUGGGAAUGUCAUCCUGAGUCAGAAAUAUCAGAAAGAAGAUUUAAAACAAAAUCUAGCGUAUAUUUCAAUGCACAUAAAAAAAUUAACAUUGUUAAUUAGAAGAACAAGUAAGGGUUCUUGGGUUCCUGCAGCUGAUGAAGAAUUGGCUUCAUAAAGGUAUCUGGGUGUUUGGUUGUUUUGGUUUUUUUGCUUGUUUGUUUGUUUGUUUGUUUUUGUGUUAGUUUCUUCUUUGAAUCUAGGGCCUUCAGAGUGCAAUCUUUCCUGAGAAUAUCUGAUAAUCUAAUCUUUUCUGUAAAUAUACCAAACACUAGGUUAAUUUAUCAGCGUAGUCGCAUUGCACACAUCUCGCCUUUAGUUAUUUUAUUUAGUUAAUAUAAAUUCAGAGAGAGCUCAGCAGUGACAGUUGUCUGACCAAAGAAAAUACACUACCUUGUUAUCUUGCUCUUAGCUCAUCUUUUGUAGGUUAACAGAUAAAUAGUAUAUUUUUCAGAAUAUUUCUCUCCUUUUUUUUUCCUUCCCCUGAAGUAAUUAACUCUGUGAUAAGAAAUAGUGCUUAGGGGAGAAUUAUCAGAAUUUGCAGAAACGGACAAGUAAAAUCCCUUCUGUCAGUCACAUGUUUCUUGUUUGUCAUCUUAUUUGCCAGUACACCACAAAACACUUAAGCAUCUUCAACAUUCUGCUGCAGAUAAAUUAGUUUAAACUGACAUACAUGUUGCCAUGAAUGAAUAUUAAGUGGAAUGAUUAAUCUUUCAGUGCUCAAGGACCUGUCAGUUACUCAAAUAAUUGUUGCUAUUUGCAGAUGUGAAAUAUUUGACUUAAAAUUUUCUACACAGUUGGAAAUAUUUUUGUAAAAAGGGAAACAGCACUUCAGAUCUGGAAUGGUAGCUUUUUUGUAUUGUUGUCUUUUGAGAUAGUUCUGCUUCUGGUCUUCCACCUUUUAAACAAUUUUUCACAGAAUCACAGAAUUGUAGGGGUUGGAAGGGAGCUCCAUAGAUCAUCGAGUCCAACCCCCCUGCCA